AUGUUCUUUCUCUCAUAUCGGGCUCUGGCUUCGUGUCUUUUCCUGUCAUUAGCUGGAGCAGGGAGAUCAGAGUCAAGUCUUUUGGUUUUGGAGUCCCCAGGAGCAUGUGCUAUGCAGCCAUGUGUUCACGGCAUUUGCAUGGAAAACAUUUCCGGUGGAUACCAAUGUUUUUGUCAAAAUGGCUACACUGGUUUAAACUGUCAGACUAAUUUUGAUGAUUGCCGUAGUGAACCCUGCGUCAAUGGUGGAUCAUGCAUUGAUGGAAUUGAUGGCUUCACAUGUGUUUGUGGCCAAGGAUACACAGGUGUGUCAUGUGAAACCGACAUCAAUGAAUGUUCCUCAGAUCCAUGUUCAAACAAUGGAAUUUGUGAAGAUUUGGUGAAUGAUUAUGUAUGUCAUUGUCCUUUUGGAUAUUUUGGUAUGAAUUGUGAGCAUUAUUAUAAUGUUUGUGCUGCUGAAACUGAAUUAUGCAAGAAUGGUGGCUCCUGUAUUUUAGGUCCAAGUAACACAAGUAGCUGCAGCUGUCCGGAAAAUUACUUUGGUGAGAAAUGUGAGUUGUCUUCGUGUCCAUGUGUUAGAGGUGGAAUUUGUGUUGGGGAAACAGAAUUCAGCUGUCUUUGUCCAUUUGGUUGGACUGGAAAAACAUGUGAAACUGAAAUUGAAACUUGUGAUCGAAGUUUUUGCAAUGGUGGAUUGUGCUUACUUGACUCAUCUGUGGAAUAUAAUAUCACCAGCAACAUUACUUGCUUUUGUGUACCAGAUUAUCAUGGGAAAUUUUGUGAAUUUCGAUACAAUGAGUGUGUUCCAGAACCUUCUUGCGAAAAUGGCGCUACAUGUAUUGAUGAUAUUGAUGGAUUUUCAUGCAUCUGUCCAGCAGGCUUUUUAGGGUCAACGUGCAAUGAAUCUUUUGUAUGUACUGGAAAUGAUUGUUUAUCUGCUCAGCGAAUCAAUGAUUUCCAGUUCGCAAGUGAUCCUUUUUUUGUGCCAAACAGAGCAACACCUGCAAUUGAAAUUCAUUUUUCUAGUACAAUCUACAGUAUGCCAGUAUCACCCUCUGAUAAUUCAUUUGGACGAAGUCUUCCCGAUUAUUGCGAAGGCAUGCAUUGCCAAAAUGGUGGUACCUCUACUGUAGUUUCAGAGUUUGACGAGGAACCUAGAUGUGAGUGCAUGUGCCCUCUGCUGUAUGCCGGACCAAAUUGUGAACGUGAGACAUAUUUACUCAUUCCUCAGUUCCACAAACCUUCUUUCCUAAAGCAUGCUCUACCUGCUGUUGAGCCUGAGAAAGGCCUGGAUAUAGAUAUAAGCUUCAAGACAUCUUCACCAGAAGGAACAAUUUUAUUCACUGAAGCCACCAACAGCGGCUCAUUUCUUAUGCUCUACAUUGAAGAUGGUUUACUAAAAUUCAGAUUUUCCUGUGGCCAUCAAACUACUGUGUUUAUGGAGACUCAUGCUUCUGUAAACAAUAGCUUUUUUACAUCAGUCUCUAUUUCGCUGUCUUGGACCCCAGAUAUAGCUCAAGUAAAGAAUGCGUCGUGUAAUGUUGGAUUGCUAGUGAAUGGAUCAGCACCAAUGAGUGGCCAACAGUUUGUUGUGUUCCCUAGAUUUGAUUUUCAGCACAUUUAUAUUGGAGGGAUCCCUCUGAAUUUUAAAACAUCUGUUUCUGAAAUUCACAAAGUUACCUCCUUGGAAGGAUGUGUCAUAUUUCUCCAAAUCAAUGGAGAUGAAAAAGAACUUGUUCGAGAUGCAGAAGUUGGUGUUGGAAUAACAGAGUGUUACAGCAGUGCUUGCUAUAAAAAUCCUUGUUUGAAUGGGGCAACUUGUCGAAGCUAUGAUGAUCAUUGGAACUGUGAAUGUCCCGAUGGAUAUGCUGGUCCCUUUUGUGAACACAAAACUUGCUUUGCCAAUCCAUGUGAGCACGGCAGCACUUGUUUACCUAAUCCUGAUGAUGGUUAUCUGUGCAUAUGUCCUUAUGGAAAACAUGGAAAGAAUUGUGAACAUGAACUGCACAUCUCUCGACCCUCCUUUUAUGGUGAUAUUAUGGGUUACUCCUCAUAUCUACAGUAUCAACUCCUGUCAGAUUAUCAUUAUCAUUUGGAAAUACGGCUCAUGUUUUCUGUGCUUGAAGUUCAACAUGAUUCCUUAAUUUUAUUCAAUGGACAAAUGGAUUCUUUUCAUCUUGCUGAUGAUUUCCUUGCUGUUUCACUUCAGUCGGGCCAUGUGAUGUACAUUUUUAACUUAGGCUCAGGUACACGUACCCUUAAAAGUGCUCACAUUUUAAACACAAGUAUACCUGUGCAUUCAGUUUUGAUUGGUCGACACCGCCGCUAUUGCUGGAUGGAAGUAGAUUCUCAAACUAAGGUGGUUGGUCUAGCUUCUGGUAGAUUAACUGCUCUUAAUACACCAUCUGCACUUUACAUAGGAGGACAUCCAAGUUAUAACUUUACACUCUUACCUGAAGAACUUAGAGGAUUAAAAGGAUUUGAAGGCUGUUUGUUUGGUGCAGAAUUAAGAAACAGUCCAGGUGCUAUCUUCAGAGCAAUUCAGCCAAUUGUUGAUGGCCGUAAUAUUCAACAAUGCAGCAUGACGGAGUGUCAGCUUAUUCGCUGUGCUAAUGGAGGAACAUGUAUAGAUGUGGGCUCUACCUUCCAAUGUAAGUGUGCAAGUGGCUGGGUCGGUGCUUUAUGUACUCAGAAAGAAACACCUUGCUCUGCUGAAAAUCACAAGUGCCAUAGUGUAUCAUUGUGUGUUCCAUUGAAUGAGGGAUAUCGUUGCGAUUGCCCACUUGGAAGGAGUGGAAAAUAUUGUGAAAAAAAUAUUUCAGUCAGCGAUCCUCUGUUUGAUGGUCACAGCUCAUACCUUUCAACAUACAUGAUGAACAUACGCCAUAGUAUGGAUGUUAUUAUGAGCUUCAAACCUCUUUCUGAGGAGGGAUUGCUUUUUUACGCUGCUCAGCACCUGAAUGAACUCAGUCGAGACUUCAUAUCUUUGUCCAUUUCAUCGGGAUAUGUGCAACUCAGGUUCAACCUUGGAAUGGAUCCUAGUGCUACUGUCAUCCUUAGUUCUUUCCAAAAGGUAGAAAAAAAUUCAUGGCAAACAAUAGAAUUUGGCAGAUAUAGAAGAGCUGCCUACUUAAAGCUGGAAAAUGAUGAGGAAGUAACAUCAAUUUCUCCUCCUGGAAUGGAGAGUUUAGACGUUAGCACUGAUUUUUACCUUGGUGGAGUUCCUGAUUUGUCUGCACUUCCCAAGGAAGCUGUUGAAACUGUGCCUAGUUACUUCAAAGGUUGCAUUCGGCUGCUGUCUGUAAACUCUCACUUAAUAGAGCUCAAUUCUCAUGAUGCUGUUAGUGGUCGAAACCUUGAAGAUUGUGAUGGUACUUCUUGUGGUUAUAAUAGCUGUAAAAACCAUGGUGAAUGCAUUCCAAAAGAAGAUGGUUUCUUCUGUCAGUGCCAAGAGGGCUUCAGAGGUCAGACUUGUGAAGUUCCUGCUCAAUGUUGGCAACAUGGCUGUUUGCAUGGAUCCUCUUGUGUUCCUCAUGGGAAUACUGGAUAUAAAUGCCUGUGCUCAAUUGGUUGGCAAGGAGAUCAUUGUGAAACUGGUGUCAAUGUGUCCAGUGCCCUUUUCUCUGGUGCAAGCUACUUACUCUACCAAGAUAUGUCUUACAGACACUCGGAUCUAACUAAGACAAGCAUUUCAUUCAAUUAUUCCUCAAAUGAAAGCUCAGGAUUAUUGAUGUGGAAUGGAAAAAUAUAUUCUGAAGACGGUGAUUAUCUUGGAAUAGGAUUGACUAAUAAUCAUUUGCAUGUAGUUUGGAAUUUAGGAUGGCUAUCCAGAAAUGAGAUCAUUUCCCAUACUCUUCAGCCAGAUAGUUCAGCUUGGCAUCAAGUUCGCAUAGAGAGGAAUAAUAAAGUCUUGAAAUUAACUGUUGAUGAAGAAACAUAUUCUAGUACGGUUACUGGAUCAUUUUAUGAACUCAACACAGAUGGAAAUUACUACUUUGGAAGCUUUCCUAUUGGUUUACACAUUGAGGAGGAAACCUUAGGGUACUUUUCAUCUCCAUUCAUUGGGUGUAUAAGAGACAUUUUUAUAUCGAAUAAAAAUGUUAAUAUAAUGGACAUAAAGGAAGGAAAAAAUCUUGAACCUUGUUCAAAAAUGUGAAAAUUCAAUGUUCGUGAAUUCUUUCAAUUUAAAAACGUAGUUAUUGUGUAACAUUUUUAAACUUGAAAUUCAGCCUGCAGAAUUUUAAAAAUUCUAUCAUAAAAUACACUUUUUCAAUUUUCUAUAUCAAAAUUAGCUGUGCUAAAAUUAAAUAGUAUAUCAUGUUUGGAUGUAGUAUAUUUUAUGUAAAGUAUAAUGCGGUUAUUGUUUAAAAUUUAAAUCAUGUUGGUGUUU